GUGCGGAAGGCGGUGGAGAGCGGGGACACGGACCUGGUCUACCUUGUCCUCUUCUCGCUCUACCGCAGCCGCCCGCUGCCUGAGUUCUGGUCGCUGGUGGCGGGCAGGGCACUGGCGCGGAACCUGUUGGUCAAGUACUGCAGGGACAAGGAGCCGGAGCUGCUUGAAACCAUCCUCACCGCUGCCGCAGCUGCCGGCCCCCCACCCCCCUCCACCUCCUCCUCCUCGUCCUCCUCUGCCGCCUCCACCGCCGCUGCCGCUGCCGCCGCCGCCUUCCCUCCCGCCACCGCUGCUGCUGAGCUGGCCUCGCUGCAGCUGAGGGCGGCACUGCAGGCGGAGGUGCGGGAGCGGGGAGCAGCAGCAGCAGCGGGGGGAGGAGGGGGAGGGGGAGCAGGAGGAGGCGGCCAGGAGAGGCUGCUGCCGGUGUUGGGGGAUGUGGCGCAGAAGUAUGCGCAGUCCCGCGACCACACCUUCCAGUCCAAGGCGGUGGCGGAGAUGGCGGCGUUGCGCCGGGAGCAGGCCCGCCUAGAGCGCGAGACGGGUCAGCGCCUGUUCCUGGGUCUGCCCCUGGCUGACACCCUGCGUGCCGCCAUCCGACUGGGGCACCACCGGGCGGCGGCGGCGCUGAAGAAGCAGUUCGGGGUGGCGGACAGGCGGUUCGCGUGGAUAAAGAUCCGCACGCUCGCUGAGGCCCGGGACUGGGCGGCGCUGGAGGCCUACGCAUCCGAGCUGCGUCGCAGUCCCGCAGGCUGGGAGCCGUUUGUGGAGGCCGCCAGGAAGUGGGGUGCACCGCCCGAGUACCUGGCCAAGCUCAUCUCCCGGCUGCCCGACAGUCCCUCCAAGGCGGAGCAGCUGGAGGGGCUGGGGCUGGCGAGGGAGGCGGCGGAGGUGGCGGCAAGGAUCAAGGACUCGGACCUGUUCGGCCGCAUCCAGAGUGCGGUAGCGGUGGGCAGUCCCGCGGGUCAGGCCAUCGCGCAGCUGAGGGACAAGUUCCAGUCCACAUUUAGGUAGUGAGGGGGAGGAGGAGGAGGUGGGGGGGAGGUGGUGGUGGAACGAGGCGAGCUGUUUUGCUGUUAAGGGUUGUGAUGAUGAGUUGCAUUGGGAUGGUGUGUUGAUGCGCGUUGCGGUGGUGGUGAGCUGUGUGUCUCGCGUGGCCUUUGUUGUGUGAAGUGCAAAACCCCAGGUGAGGCGCACCUGGGUGGUUUUGGACCCGUGGAGUGGGGGGGGGCCCUAGCAGGUGUGUACGUUGGAGAGGUGUGUCCACGGGGCAGCUAGCAGGGCUGUGAGCGGCGCAGGUGGGUGCAUGCUGUAAGCCCUGGCGCGGUGAGGGGGAGGGUGGCGAAGGGGUGAGUGUGCUUGAGCACUCAAUACCGGUAUGUGUUUCAAUUGCGUAGAGAGUUGCAUGGCUGCUGCCUGUCUGUCUGGGGGGGAGGGGCAAUACGCACCUUUCCUUGCAGCCUGCUUUGUGAACACUGUGAGAGGAGGGCUGGGUAGCCUCCUGUGGACGGGUGGGGGGCAGCAGCAGAAGCGUGUCGUACCGGUGCACGCACAAGGAGCGGUUCAGUGCUAGCAGUGCCAGCAGGGCCGGCUGGGAAAGCCGGCGUACGUACUUUAGCUCUUUGUCGUUGUCAGGUCGUCAGCAGCAUCCAACUGUGCUGUGAAGUGCAGCAGUCGUGUUUCUUUGUGCUGUCCAUUACAGGAAAAGCAAGUUUGGUAGGUCCCCUUCGCAUGCAUGACGCGUAAUCAAGUCGCAAUGAUGGGGGGUUCGCAGCUACCCACACUCGCAGACUUUACAGCCAGCAGAG